GUCGACGCGACAUUUUGCAUGAUGUUUACGUUGGUGGGGAAAUGGAAGAAGGCGGCGGUGGAGGUGACGCUAUCGGGUGACGCGAGCAUCUUGGACCUCAAGCAGGAGCUUCAUGCACGGACAUGUGUGCUGCCCCAUCGGCAGAAGCUGGUGGGCAUCAACCAGCAUGGCAAACCAGGUUCGUUUUCGUGACAAGCGUGACAACGUGUUGAUGUUACAUAGCUGGGGACCACGUGCUCCUUUGUGAGCUCACGCUAAACAUUCCCGUCCACAAGUUCAUGUUGAUUGGGACGGUCGAGGACGACAUCUUUGUGGACCCACAGCACAUGCCCAAGUACGCGUUACCAUCCGUGUUCUCGGACUUUGGUUGCGCCUUCUCGGCGGGGUCUGCGGAAUGGACCAAGGCCAAAGCCAUCGACGAUCGCGUCGACCAGAUCGCGGACGCCGCGCAGAUCACGUUGAUCCAUCCAUUUCGAGCUCACACCAAGCUGCUGGUACUCGACUUGGACCAUACCCUCAUGGACAUCAGCGCCACGAAGACCUCCAACGACAUUCCCAUCUCCCGCUUCCACCGACCGUACAUCCACGAGUUCCUCAAGUUGGUGCAUCAACGCUAUGACAUUGGAAUUUGGUCCCAGACGUCGUGGAGGUGGAUCGAGAUCAAGUUGACCGAGCUUGGCAUGCUCACGACUCCAGACUACUGCAUCAACUUCAUUUUGGACAAAACGAGCAUGUUUUCUGUGCCCGAUCAGGCCAAGCCAAUCAAAGUGAAAGCCCUGGACAUUAUCUGGCGAUCCUUUCCUGGUCGAUGGCAUGCCAAAAACACAUUGCACGUGGACGACUUGGAGCGCAAUUUCAAGUUGAACCCACUCAACGGAAUCGUUAUCUCUCGAUAUGACUGCCAACACGCUCACGCCCCAGACGACCAAGAGCUCGUGCAUCUGGCAAAGUAUUUGCUUCACGUGUGCGCCGACCUUUACGACGUCACGCAGUGUGCCCACACUAAUUGGACAACCCAUCGAAGUACCUCCUAAGGAUUAUUAGAGUCCUUUUCGCAAAAAAUGCCAUUUUAUAAUGGCAUUUUUUGCGAAAUGGAAAACUCGAGUUUGUUUGGAAAAUGUAAAAAAAGUAGGCGAAAUCCCCAAUAGGGUCGAGUUCAAGUCCGAUUUUGCCAGACGCAAUGGUAGAUUAAUUCAUGUUAUAUUAUUGCAGAAUCACA